UUUUCAGUUCAUACUCCAUAGGAAAAAAAUUUGUAAUUCUAACCCAGUGAAAAUUGUGUAUGGAAAUGUAAGUGGAAAAUUUGAUCAUCAACAAAAAUGUCGGUUGAAAGUCAGUUGGAAGCUGUGUUUGGAAAAGCAUUGAACACAGAUAUAAUAGUUGAGGUGUUCACUGGAUUCGUGAGUUUAGCAAAUCUCGAUCACACCAAGCGUCUCAAAACUUGUAUAAAAGAUUUCCGAACAUUGUACAACUCGCAAAGCACGGAAGAACAUGUUACUUCAAUUACCUUACUGAUUAAGUUCAUCCACAAGCAACAACAUCCACGUAGGAUCAGUUUCAUGUUUGAUUUCCUGGAAACAUGCAUUCAAGAUGGUUUUCUACUACCAAGACCAGUUUUAGACCAACUUCAGGGAGCGGAACUGGUUCAUACAAAUCGUUUGCACUGGUGUCGAACUUAUGAAGUGAUAAGGAAGUUUGUUCAUAUGGUUGACUACAAGGGGUGUAGGAACCUUUUGCACAGUAUGGUUCUUAAGAUGACUCAAAUUCCACAGUCAGUUUGGAUUGAAGAGAAGCAACAGGUUGAUGCGAUUUGUAGCACAAUUCAACUCUUACUUGAUCCUGAAGCUUGUUUGCUGCCUGGAUAUCUUGCUGUGAAUGAAAUUCGUCAAAAUAUGCAAGAUGACUUACUGGAUGCACCCUGGCCCUUGUUGGGUAAAUUGACGGAAUUUAUUGAUCGUUUUCGAGCCACAGCCACCAUGGUAUCCACUACAGCAAGAUGGAUGUUGUUACCAGUAGUUGACCACGCUUUCUAUCAACUACCAAGCACUUGGAAACUAGAAGCCGACACGUUGAGGUUUCAACUGAAAAAACAACUGCCGUACAGACCGGAAAUGUAUCAGCGACAACAUCGCCUCCUGAACUACAUACUUGAUCAAACUUACUCGCGAGACAUGGUCCUACAAGUGCUGGGAAUGCAGAAGCAUCAGAAACAAAGAUGUGAAGCUUUGGAAAUGGGCUUAGUGGACCUUAUGUUUUCUACCGUGAAAAAAUGUUCUACUUUUGAAGAUAAAUCCAACAUACAACACCUCAUGUGGCAACAUGUGGCUUGCCAAGUCAUUUAUUUUGUUCUUUAUCAACUUGCAAGCUUUCCACAUAUAGUAGAAGAUUUACAUACUAAGCUUGCAGCAUCAGAAGAGCUAAGGGAUCAAUGCAUCCAGGGGGGUAGGGAUUAUAUAAUGUGGGUCUUACUUCAGUUCAUAUCAGGAAGCAUCCAGAAAAAUCCUCUCAGUGACUUUUUGUCAGUGAUUAAGUUGGUAAACCUGCUGUACCCGGAAAAACAGCCUCUUGAACUUCCUGAGAUGAAAAGUCACUCGUGCACAAUAUCCUUCGCAGCUGUUUGCAAUCUGGUUCAUUUAAACAGAAAAGCUCAAGCUAAACCUCCAUCAGAUGGAAAUCAAGAUCGCAACCAGCAAUGGAACAUUCCAGUAGCUUUACACAACCAGCAUGAGUGUAUCAAGCAAUGCUUAAAGACCACCAGCAUAAAUUUAAAAGACUCACAAGUGGCCCUAAUAAGCAAUGCAUGUAGUAGUAACACAGAGAUGUUUAACAUGGCUGUAUCUGUGUUGGUUGAAAGUGUGUUUGGUGAUACGAGUUCCACUUCCCCUAUGCCUGGAAACAAUUGCGUGGCUUUCAAUAAAACGGUCCCAUGCUCUAUGGAUCUGCUCGACACAUUAACAGUUCACACUAAGAUGAGCAUGUUGCACAGCAUCUCAACCAAAAUACAGAAAUUUGCGCAAGCCAAAUCAUCAGUAGGUCUUGCUCCGGCUCUCGUGGAAACAUACAGUCGUCUACUUAUUUAUUAUGAGAUUGAAACACUUGGAAUAAAAAUCUUAGUUUCACAGGUUGUGCCAAAGGUUUACGAAUACCGAGCAUGGGGAAUACUGAACACACUGUUGGAGCUUAUGAGUUACCGCAUGCAUCAUAUACAACCUAACUAUAGAAUUCAACUCCUAACGCAUCUGCACACACUGGCUAACUCUCCACAUGCAAACCAACGCCAGUUACAUCUCAGACUUGAAAGCACCGCCCUCAAACUUAUCAUGGGUUUUGACAACUUUGGCAUCAAACCACAGCUAGUGAGGAUGUUUAAUGAGCAGAAACAAAGUAUUGUGUCACAAAAAUCCGAAGAAUUGAAUCGUGUUCUUGUAUUGACACUUGCUAGGUCUAUACACAUAACAGGUGCUGAGAGCAUCUCCGGUUCAUGGUGUACAGAUAUACUUAAAGCUGUAAUGUCAGCCACACCACAUAGGUGGCCACAGCAGACACUUGCAUGCUUCCCACAAAGUAUUCAAGAUUUCUUCAACCAUUCAAAUGUGGAACCUUUAAACAAAAAACAGCUGAAAACGAACGUGGAGCAAGAAUACAUCAAGUGGGCUCCUCUUCUAUCAGCGGAUGGGAUGGACUCUUCCAGCUCCUCUGGAAGUUCCCUAACUGAAGCAGAUGCUCUGAAUCAUUUCUCGCAACCAGGCACGCCCCCAUAUUACUUGUGCUUGUUAUGGAAAGUUUUAUUUGAAGAGAAGAAGCUGUCAUCCACAUCUUAUAAAGUAUUAGAACGGAUUGGAGCAAGUCAAUUAUCUCAACAUGUGCGGAAAUUUUCAGAUUUUCUCGUUUAUGAGUUUUCAGUCCUUGAAGGAGGCAGCGAUGUUAAGAUAUGUGCAAACGUACUUCAAGACAUGGUGUGGAAAUAUAACAUUGUGUUUCUUGACCGACUUAUUCUGUGUCUUGCUCUACGUUCUAGUGAGGCCAAUGAUGUCCAGGUUGCAUUCUUCAUCAUCCAAUAUCUUCUCAUCAAACCUGACGACUUCCUUAACAGAGUUCGUAGUUUUGAUCAUGAUGUUGAAAACCUUGACCAUUGGAUGCAAGAUGAUUGGCAUGCCAAACAUAUGGCUUACCAUCAGAAAUUUCCAGAACAUUAUUUCUUCGAAGGGCUGGUGGCGCAUUGUUCAAGCCCCGAGCAACCAAAUGCAACAGGAGAAAAACCACAGCCCACCUACCUACCAACAUACUUCUGCAAUAUCACCUUACGUUUCCUACCAGUGCUUGACAUCGUGAUACAUCGGUGUCUGGAGCUUCCCCCUUCUUCUAAAUCAUUGGAAACAUUGCUGGAGCAUCUGGGCUUGCUGUAUAAGUUUCAUGAUCAACCAGUCACUUAUCUAUUCAACACCCUUCAUUAUUAUGAAAGCAAACUUCGUGGUCGACAUUUGCUUAAGAAGAAACUUGUCUCCACUAUCAUUGGUGCUAUCACUAAAAACAAACCGCCAGGUUGGAUAUUAUCCGAGACUUUCAUGGAUUAUUUGCAGCAACCUAACGACCAACAAUGGCAACCUGACUCGGUUUAUUAUUGCCAACUUAUACAAAGACUUGCAAAUACUGUUGGAGGAAAAAUGACUUCAUCAUUUUCAUCACGUGAUUGGAGAUUUAAUGAGUUUCCCAACGCAUCAUCUCACGCGCUUCACGUGACUUGUGUUGAAGCACUUGCUCUUCCAUUACCUGGUGAACAAGUUGGACAAGCUCUUAUGGAUGUGGUGCUCAAAACGCAGUCUUUUGUUGAAAGGGAGCAGUCAUUACCUUGGUUAAAUGCGGUAGCACUGGUUCUUACAGCUUUGCCGGAAAUAUAUUGGAAACCACUGCAUCAGAAUAUAUUGAAGAUGUUGCAAUGUCCAACAUUAACUGCUGAUAUUGAACCUGGUUCUAGUUACCCAUACCACAUCUUAUCCUACUCCAACCAACAACUAUCAUUCACUGACAUGCCGUGUACCAGACUACUGGCUCUAACCCAUGUUGUGUGGCAUCAUAUGAGUAUUGGACAACUAUCACUGGUCUCACAGUUUUUGAAAGAAGAAGCAAAACCCCUGAUUGAAACUGAGCUUCAACUACUUUAUAUUUUCCAUCUCAUUGGUCCUUACUUUCCCCGGUUUCAACUGGAACGAACCAGAUGUAUGAUGGAUGUUGCACAACUUCUUUAUAACAUUCUGCUUCGUGUAAGCAAACACUCAUCGGAAAUUCACUUCGCCGACGAAAUUGCAGAUUUUCUCUACCAUGUCAAGUACAUGCACAUCGGGGUAGCCAUCAACGACAGAGUAGAGGAAGUAGUCGUACAAUUACAACCUAAACUUCGGAAACGACUUCAAUUCAUCACACAAGCGCCCGCCUCGUCAGCGGCACGACAACAGUCUGCGCAGGUUCAUUCCAACACCACUACGGAAAAAAUGUGACAAACAUCCCAAGAAACGUCCAAACAACCCCGAAAAAAUAUUCAGCUGCAAAAACCAACAAAAUAAAAUCUACUGCCAAAUCUCAAAA